AUGGCCUUCUUUUCCAUGACCCAUAAGAUCAUUUCCUUUCUAUUUGUUUUAAUCCCUUAUGCUGCCUCACUUACCUUCAAUUUGAUAAAUAUCACUCCAAGGAAUCAGAAUCUAGACAUACUAAUCCAAGGUGAGGGAGCUAACAUCUCCAAUAGUGAAAUCCAGUUGACUCCGGAUUUAGUUAAUUCAGAUCUGACUCGGUAUGCUGGACGAGCAAUAUAUGCCAAGCCACUUCAUCUUUGGGAUAUCAGAUCUGGUGAACUUGCAAGCUUUUCUACCAAUUUCACCUUUGUUAUUGAUUCAAAUUAUAGUACAUCUUACGGUGAUGGCCUCACAUUCUUUCUUGCUCAGAAUAAUUCCCUGGUGCGUAUAGGUGCAUCAAUGGGACUUCCGUUACAUGGAGAACCAAACUCCGCAGCCAGCCAAUUUGUUGCUGUGGAGUUUGAUACGUUUUGGAACCCUGAAUGGGACCCAGUUAUAGGAAACGACACUAUCAUGGGUGAUCAUGUGGGUAUUGACGUUAGCUCUCUUUCUUCUGCCAAGUCUAAAAAAUGGUUAAGUGAUGUAACUGGUGGGGGAGUUUGUCAAGCCUGGAUUACAUAUGAUUCUGUUUCGAAAAAUCUUAGUGUUUCCUUCACUGGCUAUCAAAACAAUACAGUCAUACGUCAAGAUGGACUUUUUCACACCGUUGAUCUCAGGGAGGAGUUGCCUGAAUGGGUUAUUUUUGGGUUUUCAGCAGCGACUGGAAAUUUUUUCCAGAGUAAUACAGUGAGAUCAUGGACAUUUUCUAGUUCUGCAUUAAAGGUUGAUGUAAACAACCAGAUGCCACCGCCUCCAAGCCCUGAAUUUCUUAACCCGAAACCUGGUUCUGUAAAUGGAAAAAACAGCAAGGUGGGGUUAAUUGUUGGAGUAUCAGUUGCAAUAGCUUUUAUUGUUGUGCUUACAAUAUUUCUUUUGUGGAAGAGGAAGAAGAAUAAGAGAAGACACAAUGAAACAGAAAAAACAUUAGUUGAUACUAACAAGAAGGCCAAAUUUGUCACGGACAUGGGACCUAAAGAAUUCUCUUAUGAUGAAUUAGCUCAAUCCACUAGUAAUUUUACAGAAAGCACAAGGUUGGGGGAGGGAGGUUUUGGUGGGGUUUACAAAGGAUUUUUGAAGGAUUCAAACACAUAUGUUGCGAUCAAGAGGCUAUCAAAGAGUUCCAAACAAGGGAUUAAGGAGUAUGCAUCGGAAGUUAAUAUCAUUAGCCAAUUAAGACAUCGAAACCUAGUACAACUCACUGGUUGGUGUCAUGAGAAAGGUGAACUCUUGCUAGUCUAUGAAUAUAUGGAAAACGGAAGUUUAGAUUCACAUCUUUUCAGGGCCAAGAGUUUGUUGAAAUGGGACACAAGAUACAGAAUCGCCAAUUGUUUGGCAUCUGCUGUGUUGUAUUUACACGAGGAAUGGGAGAAAUGUGUUUUGCACAGAGAUAUUAAAUCCAGUAAUGUGAUGUUGGACUCCAACUUCAAUGCAAAGCUUGGUGAUUUCGGGUUAGCUAAGUUGGUUGACCACGAGAAAGGCUUGCAUACCACGGUAUUGGCUGGCACCUUGGGUUACAUGGCUCCUGAAUGUGCGAGGACCGGAAAAUCAAGCAAAGAAUCAGAUGUUUUUAGUUUUGGAGUUGUUGCUUUGGAAAUAGCUUGUGGAAGGAAACCCCUCGAGUACAAGGCUGAAGAAAAAAAAAUAUGGCUACUAGAAUGGGUUUGGGAGCUCUACUGGUCUGGGACUCUUUUAGAAGCAGUCGAUCCACUUCUAAUGUCAGAUUUUAAGGAAGAUGAACUUAAGACUUUGAUGAUUGUGGGGUUAUGGUGUGUACAUCCUGUUUCAGAACUUCGCCCAUCAAUGAGACAAGUGAUUCAAGUGCUGAAGUCUGAAGCUACAUUGCCUAUACUCCCCUCGAAGAUGCCUAUUUCGUCAUACUGGAUCCCUUCCAUCCCCCAACAUACACCAUCAAAUAUGGCCUCUAAUAGAGAUUCUUCAAACCAAUCAUUAUAUGUUGGUCGUUAAACAAUCAAGAAACCUUCUUAGC